AUGAAAAGAUCAUUUUCUCAUCCUUUAAGAAGAAUUACUACUGUUUACAAGUAAGCAAGAUUGAGAUCAGAAUCUUGGAUUCCUUCACCUGUUAGAGUCUCGAUAAAUCAAAUUUCUAAUUAAAGAAAAAGUCUUGAAUUUCCUAAUUUAUGCCACACAUAAAAAUAAACUAAUCAUGUGUAUUUAUAUUGCUAAUUAUAGAUUGAUAAUUAGACUGACUAAUUGAGAAAGGAGUUGUCUACCAAGAACUAAGAAAUAGAUGUAACUAAUCAUAAGACUUAUUUAGAAUUUGAAAUAGAAAAUCAUUUAAUCAUUAGAAACAAUAGAGUAAUAAGAAUUAAUCAUAUUGGAAUGGCAAUAGAAAUAUUAUGAAUAAGAAAAGUAGCACAAUAGAGAAAUAGCCUAAUUAAAAAGCAAUUUAGAUAAUUCAAUAUUUGAAGACCCUUAAAUUGAUUUAAUUGAAUAACCAAUUGAAAAUAGUCUAAUUGAAAGAAUGGAUGAUUUAUAAAUAAUUUAAGAAGAAAGUGAAUGUCCUUAAAACAAAAGUCUAAAUUAGUCUGUUGCAUAAAAUUUUAAAUUUUGUGAAAUUCUAAAUGCUUUAAAUAAAAUGAAUUUAGAUGAAUCUCCAAUAAUAGAAUAAUUUGAAAUUAGUGAAUCUUAUAUAGUAUAAAGAAUCAACAAACUAAUAGAUUAUAUUCAUAAAUUAGAGACAGAACUUGAUGAUUGGAAAUGUAAUUAUUGGAAUCUAGAAAAGUAACUAAACUCUCAAUUAAAAGAUAAUUUCAUUUAAUAAGGUUCUGAAGAAAUAGAAAUUGAAUUUGAUUUUGAUAAAAAUUAAUUAGUCAAAGCAAUAAAACCAAAUAGUAAAAGAUCUUUAUAAGAUGAAAACUCUGCCUUAUAAUAAGAAAUAUAAAGAUUAUAAGAAUUAAAUAAUUAAUUAUUAAAUUAAUAGAAGAGUCAAACUAAAUAAGUUUUGGAAUCUUUAAUUAAUAAAUAAAAGAAAACAAAUAGAAAAAAGAAUUUAACUCACAUUCCAGAACCUGCAAAUAAACAUUUCACUUAAGUUUCAACUCAUCAUUCAAGUAGUUAAAAUAAUACUCAAAAAAAAAGUCAUCCUACAUAAGAAGGAUCUCCAAAUUAAUAAAGAAAUAAUCAAUAAAUAAAUUAAUACUUUAGUCAUUAUUUUUAAUAAAAAAGAGAAUAACCUACUUAACAUUAUUCUCCAGUGAUUUUGACUAAGGUUUAAUAGAUUGCUACAAAAUAAUAAUAUGGAGUUAAAUAUUUAAAGGAUAUGUCUAUGGAUCAUUAUUAUAAUGUGAAUGUAUAUCAAACACCAAUUGUAGUUAAGUAAUCUAGCUUGAGUCCUUACUAAAAAUCAGGAAACAAAUUUAUUCAAUUUUGA